CCGUGUCAUGUGACAGGACUCAAGAUGGCUGCUUUCCCGUGGCAUGCAAGAUCAAGGAACUAUACCAGGGAAUUUGAAUCAUGCAGGCUGGAAGCUGUGUCUGUAGAAUUUGGAGACUACCACCCACUCAAACCCAUUACAGUAACUGAAUCUAAGACAAAGAAACUGGGCCGGAAAGGAAGCACCUCUUCUACUUCCUCCUCUUCUUCCAGUUCGAUGAUGGACCCUCUGAGCAGUGUUUUGGACGGCACCGAUCCAUUGUCAUUGUUUGCAGCCACCGCAGAUCCAGCGCUGACUGCUUCUAAUGUGGACGGUGCCAGGAAGAAACGUGAUAAAGAUGAAAAUCUCACUGUAGGGCUUGAUUUUGAGCCUUGGUCAAGCAAACGGGGCGAAAUCCUUGCUCGAUACACGACAAAUGAGAAACUGUCCAUUAACUUGUACAUGGGAUCUGAGAAAGGAAAAGCAACUACUCCUGGAUCAGUGGUUUCUGAGAAAGUGCGGACACGGCUAGAAGAACUGGACGAUCUUGAAGAGGGUUCGCAGAAAGAGCUGCUAAACCUGACUCAGCAAGACUACACAAACCGGAUUGAGGAACUGAAUCAGUCUUUGAAGGACGCCUGGGCCUCAGAUCAAAAAGUAAAAGCUCUGAAGAUAGUUAUUCAGUGUUCGAAACUUCUAUCAGACACAAGCGUCAUUCAGUUUUAUCCGAGCAAAUUCGUCUUGAUAACCGAUAUCCUUGACACAUUCGGAAAGCUGGUGUAUGAAAGAAUCUUUUCCAUGUGUACAGAUAAUCGCAACUCCUUGCCAGAUAACUUUACUCCAGAAUGUGUUAAUGAUACCGCCAAGGAGACCUGCUUAAACUGGUUCUUCAAGAUUGCUUCCAUCAGAGAGCUCAUUCCUAGAUUCUAUGUGGAAGCAGCUAUACUGAAGUGCAACAGGUUUCUUUGCAAAACAGGGAUAUCAGAAAGUCUCCCGCGACUAACCUCCAUGAUCCGAGGAAUUGGAGAUCCCCUGGUUGCAGUCUACGCUAGAGCAUAUCUCUGUAGGGUUGGGAUGGAAGUAGCUCCCCACCUGAAAGAGAGCCUGAACAAGAACUUCUUUGAUUUCCUGCUCACCUUUAAGCAGAUUCAUGGUGACACGGUUCAGAAUCAGCUGGUUGUGCAGUGUGUAGAAAUCCCAUUAUACUUAACUCUUUAUUCCCCUGCAAUAGAUUGGAUUCUACAGUGCAUCUCUUAUCGGGCUGCAGAGGUUCUGCUGACCGAGAUGAUGGAAAGGUGCAAGAAGCUAGGCAACAAUGCCUUGCUCUUGAACUCGGUCAUGUCUGCCUUCAGAGCCGAGUUUAUUGCUGCGAGGUCGAUGGAUUUUAUUGCCAUGAUUAAGGAGUGCGAGGAAUCUGGCUUUCCCAAGCAUCUUCUCUUUCGCUCUCUGGGGCGGAACUUGGCCCUAGCUGACCCUCCGGAAGGCGAUCGGCUUCAGAUCUUAAAUGAAGCUUGGAAGGUUAUCACAAAGUUAAAGAAUCCGCAGGAUUAUAUUGGCUGUGCAGAAAUCUGGGUAGAAUACACCUGUAGACAUUUCACGAAGCGGGAGGUCAAUACGGUUCUAGCUGAUGUCAUUAAACACAUGACGCCAGAUCGGGCAUUUGAAGAAGCCUACCCCCAGCUUCAGUCUAUAAUUGAGAAAGUCAUCACCUAUUUUCAUGACUUCUCCAUUCUGUUUUCAUUGGAGAAAUUCUUACCAUUCCUGGAUAUGUUCCAGAAGGAAAGUGUGAAAGUGGAGGUUUGUAAAUGCAUCAUGGAAGCUUUUAUUAAGCAUCAGCUGGAAUCGACAAAGGAUCCUGUAAUACUCAAUGCCCUUCUGCACGUGUGCAAGACGAUGCACGAUUCCGUAAAUGCACUGACCCUUGAAGAUGAAAAGCGCAUGCUGGCCUCUUUGAUAAAUGGAUUUUUAAGAAUGGUUUCGUUCAGCCGUGACUUUGAGCAGCAGCUGAGUUUUUAUGUCGAAGCCCGAUCGAUGUUUUGCAAUUUGGAACCUGUUCUUGUCCAGCUGAUACACAGCGUGAACCAACUGGCAAUGGAAACGAGAAAAGUGAUGAAAGGAAAUCAUUCCAGAAAGACGGCUGCGUUUGUCAGGGCGUGCGUUGCUUUCUGCUUCAUUACGAUCCCGUCUCUGGCAAGCAUUUUCGGCCGUCUUAAUCUGUACCUGCUCUCAGGGCAGGUCGCUUUGGCAAACCAGUGUCUUUCACAAGCGGAUGCCUUUUUCAAAGCCGCCAUAAGCCUCGUUCCCGAGGUGCCGAAGACGAUCAGCAUAGAUGGGAAGAUGCGGCCCUCGGAAGCGUUCCUCCUGGAAUUCCUCUGCAAUUUCUUUUCCACUUUACUAGUCAUUCCGGAUCACCCUGAACAGGGCGUAUUGUUUCUCGUGCGAGGUCUGCUCAAUGUUAUCCAGGACUACACUUGGGAAGAUAACAGCGACGAUAAAGUCCGGAUUUAUGCAAACGUUCUGCAUCUUCUCUCUGCCAUGAGUCAGGAGACCUACGUCUAUCAUGUCGACAAAGUGGAAUCCAACGAUACCUUGUACGGGGGAGAUACCAAAUUUCUGGCAGAAAUCAGCAAGCUGUGUGAAACGGUGAUCGCUCAGAUCCUGGAGCAUCUGAAAAGCCUUGGAAAAGAUGAGACUUUAAAGCGGCAGAGCCAGCUGGCACUCUACUUCUUCAAUAGCAUCUUGGCUCACGGAGAUCUGCGGAACAACAAGCUCAACCAGCUUGCCGUGAACUUGUGGAACCUGGCUCAGAAACACGGGUUCGCCGACACAAAAACCAUGGUAAAAACCUUGGACUAUAUUAAGAGGCAAAGCAAACACCCUGAGCUAAACCAUUUUACCGAGCUGGCACUCAGACUUCCUCUGCAGUCAAGGACCUGAUGAAUCAAGAGCACCUGGAAGGCAGAUUUCCAAGGCUGGUAAAAUAUGGGCUGCAUCUUAA